AUGGGGGUCAUAGAUCAACAUUUGGAGUUUAUCAUUGCAGCAUCGUGGCAACUUUUGGUUCUGGAGCUAUGUUUCGUGGCAGCUUUUGGUUCUGGAGCUAUGUUUACAUUGGUGAGUGGCAUGGGGGCGGGUGCCCCAAAUCAAGCAGCAAAUGCAAUCACUUCUGGCCUCUUUUUUGCUCUUGUCCAAGGUGGACUUUUCAAGCUAGGGGAAAAGUUCUCUAAACCUCCAGUUGAAGAUGUCUUCUAUACUAAAACAAGAUCCAUGUUGUAUAACCUUGGCCUCCAGACUUUCGAGAAGAAUUUCAAGAAAGGAUUGUUAACGGAUAGCACAUUACCUCUGCUCACUGACAGUGCUCUUAGAGAUGCAAAAAUCCCUCCUGGACCAAGACUUCUCAUUCUUGAUCACAUUCAGAGGGACCCGCAGAUGAGAAGUAGGCAAGGAAGUGGUCGUUGAUUUCCUACUGCCAAACCAGUUGUCUGCCACUACUGUUUUGCCUGUUAAACCUCAGAAAAGAUAGGAAUCUUACCUGCAAUGAGAUGACAGUUUUUGUCGUCUAACAGAUUAAAUUCCCAAUAUCGAAAAAAAAAGCAAAAAAAAAAGAAAAAAGAAAAAAGAAAAAUGAAAAAAAAGAAAAGGAAAGAAAAAUCACUUUAAAUUGUGCCUUAGUAGUUUUGGUGCUGUUAAUUGGCUCAAACGAUACUUUUUAUGAUCUUGAAUGUGGUAUUCUGAAUAAUAUAUGCUGAUCACUAUUUUUUAUAACGAA